AUGCGCGUUAACUUUCUCAUCACCUUCCGCCGGGGCGUUCACUUACCGUCAUCAAGACUGGCAGGACCUGCAAUUUCCAAUAAAUGCUCUGCUCUCACAGAUGAAGAACUCAAGAUCAUCGAUGAUCUACCCCUCUUUCGCCAAAUACCGAUCAAACCAAGCAGCCAUGUUACCAAAGCUCGAAGAGCUUAUUUAGACCGAAAAUUGCCCAGGGUUCGAAAACUAUUCAGAAGCGAGCAAGAACCAGCUUUUUUAUCGUAUCACCUACCAGGAAGCCUACCCAAUCCGUACUGGGAUGCGCACGCAAGGGCUAAAAAGGACCCUGUCACAGGUGAAAUUGAGUAUUCCGGUAAUGCUAGACUGUCGGUGACAAAGCUCUUGACAAAGCGUUGGUGUGAGCUCCGAGAUACUUACGAUAUUUAUUCACAAAUUCCUAUCUUCGAGCAUGGCCAAGUCUCGGUUGGUCGCCGUGAACACCAGAGGCUCGAAGAUGAGACACAUGCUACUCUAGAAAAUGCAGAAACGCUCAGAGCAGAGCUUGGGGACGAAAUACCUGAUGAUCCUUUCCAUACACUCGCUGAAAAUUGGUAUCAGACAACAAUCAGGCUUCUUGCUCUUUUUCAGACCGGACAAGCCAGAGAAGUUCUUUGUCACGGGUAUUUGAGCUCCAAAGAUUGCCAGAUCCUUCAGGGAGACGUUACGGAUGAGGGUGAUGUUCUAGUCAGUGGAAUCAUAGAUCACUUGGUUUUGAAGAAAAAAAUAUCUCGAGGGCUCAAACCAACUCCGCUAAUGCUCAACUUAACUGACGGCUACUCUUCUUACGACAUGAAGGCAGUUUUACAGGGUUUAUCUGCUUCAAUCCAAGAAGCGGGUAAGAACUUGGAAAUUGUUGUCAGUGAUGUAAAGACGAGGCCCAUGAAAACCAUUCCUCAACAACAAUCUGUUGUGUAUGCCUCUAAAAUCCAGGUGAUGUACUACCGAUUUUUCUUAGAGAAUUUGAGCCUGGACUCAAGUCGAACGUAUCAAAAGCUUCUCAUAAACGCUCAAAGGCGAGGGUUCGACUUGGAUGCGCCAAUUAAUCCUGCCAAGCUACUCUUUUUCAUAGAGACCAAUCCAGUGAUAACUCAGGAUUUGCGCAGACUACGAGAUGGCACUCCAAUAGGUUUCGCACCCUAUGAUACAUAUAACGAAGCUCAUGACGCACCAAAACAGGAAUACAAUUGGGAAAUUAUCAAAAAUGCACAAUUACAGCAGCAAUAUGCUGAGUUUUUUUGCAAUUGGACUACUCCAGUGACCCUACGAUAUUUCGCCACCCGUCUAGCACAGAUGUACACAACUCUUGGGCCGCUUCUCUCCAAGAAUUUGAUGAUAGAGUACUACUCGGGGAAUACGAAUUUCCACAACAUUUCUUUUGAAUAUGAUUCAGAUGAACUUGAGCAACAUGGCACUCAGAGCGCUCUGUUUUGGUUUGGUAAGCGCAACAUCGAGCCUAUAAAGCCAACUGUGCGAAGCAUCCUGACCUACUGUAAACAUUGCGACUACGAAAGCGUAUGCCUUUGGAAAAAACAAGGGACUGAAAUGUGCAAGGGCUUAGGUGGAGAACUGAAGAGGCUUCAUCAGGAAGCGAAUGUGGUCAAAACAGACUAG